AGUGUAAACCAAAUUAUAUUUAUCUCUUAGAGUUAAUAUUAACCUAAUAUUAACUCUACGGUUUAUCUGCGUUUGUAAAGUAAAUAAAACACUAUUUUGAUUAAUACGAUUCUAUCGCGAUUCGAAUAUAAAUAAUCCAACUGAAGUCUGACUAAAUGAUUUUUAUUUACAAAUUCAAUAACAGAUAGUAUAUUUUGUGAAAUCACGGCAAUUUAAAAAUUACAUAUAUUAUGUAUUUGCUAAGUGUAAAUAUAAGAAAACUAAUAAUUUUAGUGUUAGUUGUGUGUUUAUCUGGCCAAAUAACCCAUUCAAGUUUUAUUAAUGUUUAUCCAAAAAUUCCUAUAGAAGAAAUCACAGAUGAUCCCGGGGUUCCCAUUAUAUUAACUCCUUUCAUUGAACAAAACAGGAUACAGGAUGCAUUAUUAGCUUCAACUGUAUAUUUUAAUGGUUUUAAGAAAAUUAAGAGCUAUUCGGGCUAUUUAACAGUGGAUAAAACUUUUAACUCUAACCUGUUUUUUUGGUUUUUUCCAGCCUUAAAUGAUUACUCAAACGCUCCAGUUAUUUUGUGGCUUCAAGGAGGUCCAGGUGCUUCUUCCUUAAUUGGUCUAUUUGGAGAAAUAGGUCCAUUUAAAGUAAAACCUGAGAAGGGAUUAAAAAUUCGACCAUUUUCAUGGGUGGAAACACAUUCUGUUAUCUACAUAGAUAGCCCGGUAGGGACUGGCUACAGCUUUACAAAUGGUGGUUAUGCUCAAAACGAAACUAAAGUCGGAGAGGAUUUAUAUGUUGCUCUUAUACAAUUUUUCACUCUAUUUCCUGAAUUGCAGAAAAAUGAUUUCUAUGUAUCUGGAGAAUCCUACGGUGGGAAAUAUGCACCUGCCAUUGCUUAUACUAUCCACAAAAACAAUCCUCAAGCCAAACUGAAAAUCAAUUUGCGUGGUAUAACCAUAGGAAAUGGUUUUUGUGAUCCAGAGCAUCAGAUAAACUAUGGUGAUUAUUUAUAUCAAUUAGGACUAAUUGAUUCCAAUUAUCAACAGAUUUUUCAGCAAAUUGAACAACAAGCUAAAGAAGAUUAUGAAAAUGCCCCUGUGCUACUUUGGUUACAAGGAGGUCCAGGUGCUUCAUCGUUGUACGCUAUAUUUAAAGAAAACGGGCCAUUUUUGAUGAAAUCAGAGCUGGAGUUAAAUCCUUACUCUUGGACAAACACCCACUCAGUUAUAUACAUCGACAAUCCAGUACAAACAGGUUACAGCUUUACAGUUAAUGGUUUUGCUCAAAACGAAACGAAAGUUGGUGAAGAUCUUUAUGAAGCACUGAAACAGUUUUUUACCCUUUUUCCUGAGUUACAAACUAACGAAUUCUUCGUAACUGGUGAGUCGUAUGGAGGUAAAUAUGUUCCAGCAGCUUCUUACACUAUUCUUAAAAAGAACCCAACUGCUGAUUUUAAGAUAAAUUUGAAAGGUAUGGCUAUUGGAAACGGAUUAUGUGAUCCCGAGAAUCAGAUGAAAUAUGGUGAAUAUCUGUAUCAAAUUGGGUUGGUAGAUACUUCAGGAAAGGAAAAGUUUGAACAUCUGGAAAAAGAGUUAUUAACAGCCAUUCGUAAUAAAGAUUUUUACAAAGCUUAUCUACUAUUCGAUGAUCUGUUAAAUGGAGAUAAAAAUGGAGGAAAUACUCUUUUCAAGAAUUUAACAGGCUACAACCAGUAUUUUAAUUAUUUGUACAUUGGAAAUUCAAAGAAUAAAGGUGUGGAUUUGAGCUUUACAGAAUUUAUAGAAACUUCAAAUGUACGUAAAGCAAUUCAUGUUGGGGAUUUAAUUUACCAUGAUGGAAAGGAAGUUAAACAACAUUUGUUAGAAGAUUUGAUGCAGUCUGUAGCUCCUUGGAUUUCAGAAUUGCUUAGUAAUAUAAGGGUUCUUUUUUAUAAUGGUCAAUUAGAUAUUAUAGUUGCUUAUCCUCUGACUGAAAACUUUUUGAAACAUUUGGACUUUGAUGCUGGUGAAGAAUACAAAACAGCUGUUAGGCGUAAAUGGUACGUUGGGAACGAAUUAGCAGGAUAUAUCAAACAAGCAGGAAAUUUGACUGAAAUUUUAGUUAGAAACUCAGGGCAUAUGGUACCUAAGGAUAAACCCGAAAUAGCACUGAAUCUUAUCGCACAAUUUACUAGAAAUUGUUUUCAUAAUGUGUCUAUCCGAAAAAUGAAAAAUCUUGUAGAAAAAAUAAUAAAUAUUUAACAGUG